UGUCACUCGACGACCUACUUCCACGUCUACACUCAUAUCACUUUCUUCAGAUCUCUCGCUGAUACAUUCUUGUUUACACUCAUCCGUCAUAGGGAAGCGGACAGACAUCCACUCCGCGCGGUAGGAUCGCCCCGCCAUGGACCAAGACGACCACCCUCCUGCGCCUCCGGCUGCAGGUGGCGCCGAGUCCAGCACUAACGCCGAUGAGGUCCCCACUACUGCUCCUCAGGACAGUGAGCCAACAGCAACUCAGCAAUCCACACCACAGCACGACGAGAGUGGUCCGUCCUCUGGUACCCAGACACAGGCCGAUGAGCCAGCUUCACCUACCACACGAUCUCGUCUGGGUCAGGCUAUGACUGCCUUGCUGCAGUCCUUUGCCAGCUUGCCACCUGGAGCAGGGAGCAACACUCCGAAUGCUUCGGCAACACCAGCAGAAGCUUCUGCCUCCGCUCCUGGCGCAGCAGAGUCAGGUAACAAUGCCUCACCUCACACCAAUCAGGCGGGAACGAGUGGCACCUCGCCACUCUUCAGUCCCUCGAGUGGCCUGAGACUUCUAGUCUUUACUCCACCCGCAGAUCCAGCAGAUGCUCCUCGAGUAUUUGCUGAGAUGCUUCGCUCUGCAGGACAGGAUACAGCGACUUUGCACCACCGCCUUCAGCAACACCAAGAGGAGAAUGCUACACCCAGUUUCCACCCUGUAGCUGGACCUCCACCGAUGGGACAUGCUUUUAUCGAGCAACCUGAGCCUGGAGCGGCAGCUGGAGCCUCCGAGGGAGGCGAGCCUUCAGGACCUCGAGAGAUGCCAGCUCCUCCCAAUCUCUACUAUAGACUACCAUUCUAUGCCCUCGAUGGUGAGCAAGCUCUGUUGGCUCUCCCCACUCAAUUCCUGCCUAGGCAGAUGUCAUCGCCCACGCGUGCCACGGUCAUGGCGCCAGGCACUCCAGUUUACCUACCCAGGUCCUCUGCAAAUCUACCCUUCCCGGUGCUACUGGAUUGGAACGGCAUGGCUUGGCCUAUCCUCAAUAUUCAGAAUCCACCACCAGGAACGCCAGAGACUUACCUCAAUGACCCCCGCCAUCCGCACUUUAUUGCUGGCCCUCCCUUCAUGGUUGCUUGGCAGCCCUUUACCAUUAGGGGAACACAGACGGCAGAGGAGCAGCCCAGUCCGGAAAAGGCCAAGGCGUUUGUCGACACUCUCGAGACGGCAGAUGCUGAGCUGCGAGAGAGGAUGGCGAGACUGAGCAUCGGAGACAUUGGCGUCUUUGGCGGUGCAGGUGGGGCAGGGGGUCCGAAUAGCAGUGAAGAGGGCGAGCUGGGCUGUCCGGUCUGUCUAGAUCCAUAUGAUGAGACUUCAGAUCGACCAGAGUGGAUUGGAGGGGAAGCUGCUAGAGAGAACCAGGUCGUGGUGAUUCCCUGUCCGGGUUUCCACAGUAUGCAUCGCAAGUGCCUGGUGGAGUGGCUCAGCAGCCAGGCGCCCUCGAAGUGGAGUUGUCCGAUGUGUAGGACAUCGAUCACGCCCAGUGAUGUGGUCAAGGGUGCUCGAAGGGCCGGACAACAGGCACGACAGCCUCAACAGCAACAGCAACAGCAGCAGCAAGCGGCAACGCCUACACAAGCCAAUCUCGCCAAGGAGAUCGAAGCUCGAGCCCACUCCUUGCGUGAGGAGAUUCAUCGACGAGAGCGACAGCGGGGCUUCACCUGUGACUAUCAGGCUUGCUUCCCAGACUAUGAGCUACCCUCUGCGACGGAUGAGUGUGCGCUGGAUCGACAUAUGAUCAAGCUGCAACCCUGUGGACAUGAGCUUCAUCUGGAUUGCCUCACCACUUCGCUGCGUAUCAAGGACGAUCUUCGCUUGGAGGGAGGUGUCAAGGACGAGGAUGAAGAUGAGGAAGACGAAGAGGAGGAAAAGGGAGAGGGAGGAGAAGCUCGAGGGGGAGCAAGUGCGAUCAAGACGGUGGGCAAAUGGGUGGAGUGUCCAGUGGACCGACGUGAAGUCUGGGCUCAGAUUCCCGUACCGAGGAGACGCAAGAGACAGCCAGCGGCAGACGAUGAGCUAGCAGCAGCUGGAGCUGGCUCUGGCGAUACUGCUGCUGCUGCUGCUGCUGCCGCUGAGAGCGAAGACCUCAGUCGCGGACAGGUCCAUCGUCUCUCCCUUUCGCCAGGGGAGAUGCCCAAUGCGAAGCGACAGGUACGCGAAGGACCGUCCAGCCGUCGUCCAUCCGGAGAGGCAGAAAGAGCAGACGAAUCGGCAGAGGAGGAGGCGGUGACCUUGAAGCAGGAAGUGAAAGUUGCUGGUGGAGAGCACUUGGAGGAUUGACUUGGUGAAGCUACAGCAUGAUUAUACCCCUACACGCCACGACAAGACGCACGCGAUCACAUCCAGUUUAUAGCACCCCCUCCCUCCUUGAGAAGUUCUCAUCUAUACAUCCUUGGGCUAGCUACUAGCUGCUAAGGAUUCCUAAUCGAUACAAGUUUCUACACACUAUGUGAGGUGAGGUGAAUGUAGGAUGUGUGUGGUACACUAGGGAAUGAAUGACGUCUUGCCGCCCC